AUGGAAGAAAACAAUCUAAUGAAGAUUUUGAUCUACGACGACGAUGGGACGUCCCACGUCGAUACUUUUGUCAGUGCUCUUGAAUUUUCAUUCAGUGAAUUUAGAGCUUCUCGGAUAAUUCACAAUUAUCGAAUCAAAAGAGUUUCUGGAAAAGAUGUCGUUGAAGGAAUAUGUUUCAGAGAUGCAAAAGUUUUUAUCAUGCCAGGUGGGAGAGACAUCCCUUACCUUCGAAAAUUGAAAGGACAGGGUAUAGCGAAUCUAAAGGCUUUUGUAUCGGAAGGGGGAAACUAUUUUGGGGUUUGCGCUGGUGCCUAUUUUGCUUCAACUUUUUGUGAAUUUGAGAAAGGUACAGAUAUUGAGGUUUGUGGUGAGCGUGAUCUGAAAUUUUAUCCUGGAGUGGCAAAAGGCUCAGUUUAUCCUGACUUCCACUAUGAUUCUGAAGUUGCAGCAAGAAUAGUGCAAGUUCAGUUAGAAGAGCCAUUCCAUCGACCAGGGAUUGAUAGUAUACUCACAGCUUAUCACAAUGGAGGUUGUGAAUUCAUAAUGGAUGAGGACAGUGCUAAAACUAACAUUGAAACUGUUGGACGUUAUUUGGAUUUCCCAGAAAAAAUUGCUGUGGUUCUUUGUAAGUUUGAUAAGGGGAAAGUAUUGCUAUCAGGAGUUCACCCAGAGAUAAACUACAAGUAUCUUAAAGGCAGGUCAAAGUAUUCCCCAGAGCAACUAACUUCUUUGUCCAACGCUUCAGAAAAGCAACAAGAAUUUUUGCACACUCUGCUGCUACUUCUUUUGUAA